AUGUCUGCAAUCGAGGAGAGUGAUAUAGAAGGUAUGUAAAUGUUUAUCGUCGCUUUUCAAAUCGUAGAUUUAAGUGGGCAAUUGCAAAUUUGCAGUUAAACUUGCAAGCAGGCACAAGCCUGUUAGCGAGACAGCACAGAGACAUAGAUAGAGACUAAUGAAAGCAGAACAUUGAGAAUGGCUGCAUGGGUAUGCAUAGCCAGGCAGUCAAUUAAUAAUAGUACUAUUAAAAGUGUGUUUUAUGUAUGAAGCUUCCUUUCAUAAAUCAUAAUAUAUAUGAAAUGAAAUAAAUGCAUUAUUGGUUUAUCAAAAAUACACAGAUUCUGUAGGAUUUUCUUGCAAAUGUGCAGGCAUAAAAUUCAGUUGAAAUUUGACCAAACUUUACAGUGAUACAGUCUGAUGUGGAAGUUUAAGAUUGACUGAGAUUAAUGUUCUCUUAGGAUUAGAUAUAAAUGAACUUCUUAAGGAAAAUGAAGCUUUAUCAGAAAAUUUAUCAAAAUGCAUGGUGAGUAUAUACUGUGAUACAUGAUGGAUUCUUAUCACAUGACAAUUGCUGCAAAUCUAGUAGGUUAGCACUUAGCAUAUAAUGUCUUGACAUUUUGUUUUUAUCAAUUUUGAAGGAGGAAAAGAAUUUUGUUUGGUCGUUAUGGAAAAAGUUGCAAACAGAAAAACCAGAUCUAUCUUCGUUUAUUUUGGGUUUGUUUUGAGGUUGCUUUGGUUUUUUUUGGGGGGUUGUUUUGGGUUUGUUUUGAGAUUGUUUUUGUUUUUUUUUGUUUUCGUUUUUUGAUGUGUUGUCGGCAGACCCUCCUUUCUCCCGGGGAAAUGCUUGCAGUCUGGGACAGAAAAGGUGCAAGGCAAGCACUCCAACCACUUCGCCACUUUUUUUAGGGAAAAGGAAAAGAAUGAAGUACGGGAUGCAAAAGUCCUCAAGAUUCUUGAGACGAAAGAUUUACACAUACAACAGUUAGAAAGAGUAAGAAAUAUUAACAGCAAAUGAUGUUACAGGACAUAUAUAUGUAGCCAUGAAAUCUGUCUCAGCAAAAUAUUUCAAAAAUGUUUAUAGGAUAAAGUGGUUUUUGAUGAUGAUCUUAAACAGAAAGAAGAUGAUAUGAAAGCUUAUAGCCUCAGGUUGGUAAUCAGUACAAUAAGCUUGCCUCCUGCAUGGGGUCUCUCACACACAUAUACACACUCCUUCCCCAAACCAGUGUCCAUUAAAUCAUUCUUCAUGCAAAACACACAGUCUGAAAUGUUGUGAUAGUUUCUAGGACUGUCAGUGGUUUCUGCUUUGUACAAAACAUGCUAUCUGGUUUCCACACUAGGCUUCAUGAUCUUUUAAUUGAGAAAGCAGAAUUGCAAGAGAACUUAGAGUCUGUCAAAAUUGAGUACGAAGAAAAAAUGAAGUCCCUUGUUGAGGAAAAUGGGUAUUUAUCUGAAGUGGUAGGUUGAACAGUUUUCAAUCUUCGACACUGAUGAUGUCUUGGCAGAUGUUAAUAAUAAAUGUGGUCAUUUUUAGGUUCGUGCAAGGCAGAUCAAACUUGAAAAUGAUGAAAAUGCUUACCAGAUAAAACUGGAUAAUGUCGACAAAGAGAAACAAGGUACAAUAACCGUGGCUGACGCUUUGUGAAAUACUGGGAGGGGGCAGAAAUUUUCCAUUAGAAUUUUGAGAACGGAAUUCUGGCGAGUAAAUUUAAAUGGCUAUGGUAUGUGUCUGAACCACGACUGCACUUCUAAAAGGAUUUAAAAUAUUUGAAUGUUUUCAAACGUCAUCAGCUUUUCUAAAUAUUUGCAUACAGUCUAUUUAAUCUUUUUUCUGAUAGUUGAGAAAUCCAAAUGUUGAGGUAACUGUAAGGUUAAUUCUUCCGUUUCUCCUCCAUAGAGCUUCACAAUGUUAUCAAAGAUUUGGAACUCAGAGUGGAUAAGCUAAAUGAAGAGAAAAUGAUUAAUUCAGCAAUAAUAGAAGAAAACAUCCAACUGAAAAACCAUCUAAACGUAAGCAUUUGUAUAAGAUCACAUUGUUGAAUAUGCUGUGCUAAACUGUACAGUUCACAUGUACUGUUUGCAUCUUGCUUUUGUUUGAUUCUGUACUUUUAAUUUCUACUUGUAGGUUCUUCAAGAGCAAUUAAUAAGCUUGAAACAAGAGGCAAGUUUUUCUUAAUAAUAAUUUUGAAUUAUCCAAAUGUACACGCUGAAAAUGGUCAAUGGUCAAAUGAAUAAAGAUCAUUAUACAGUAAUGGUUACUAAUGUUUACUAAUGUGGUUAUUUUAUAUUAAUCCAUUCACUUGCAUUACGCCUGCUUUAUUUUUUGCUUUGUCUAAUGCCAGAAUUUUUCAAGGGGAAAGCGCUGGGACCCAAUUGGUUACUCAGACCAUCUGCCCGUUAUAUUGCACCCAAAUGUGCCCUACUUUAUUAUUUUACUCUUACGCCAGACGAUUUUGCUCGUCAAGAGGAGAGCGCUGGCGCUCAAUGGGUUACGAGAAACUCCUUUUUCUUUGUAGCACGAGGAUGGUAUGACAACGUUACGGCUACGAGAACGUCAGCUACAGCAGCAUUCCAACAUGAAUCAAGAAAACAAAGAGCUAUUGAAUGAAAAAGAUGCACUUGUACAUGCUUUGAGGUACUGUACACAAAUAGCUUUUCUUCUUGUGACCAGUUUCUCAUUCUGAAUUCUGUAAAUGAAUAUCUCCUGGAUGCUGAUAACCAGCAGCCUGAAAAAAGACGUUACUACAAACUACUUACGUUACUGCGUUACUGCAACUAUAUUUCAUGCAGGUCAGCACUAAAACAGCAUAAGCCUAGACAUGCAGUUAUAUUAAUAAUGUUUGUCAUUGUUUAGGCUAGAGCUCAAUGAGUUAAAGUUAGUUCAUGAUCAGUGUGCCGAGUACGCGAAGGAACAAUCCACUUUAAUUCAAAAUCUACAAUCACUUCAAAUUCAAACUCAGACAGGUAUACGCGAAUCAGUUGAAGUAACCUCCAAGAUGUGUGAUCUGAACUUUGCUUUGUUGUUUGUUGAAAAUACACCACAAUGAUCCAAGUUUAUGAAUAAUUAAUCGUGAUGGUUGUUUCCACAAAUAAAAGCGAAAAAUAAUGAACUCUAAGUUGUUGAAUGUCCUUGUGUAGUAAUAAAAGCUCAAGAAGAAAAGUUUACGUCUGAAGUUAUUGGUCUAAAAGAGGUAACAAUACACACUGAGGCUUUCUCUUUUUGAUACCAGCCUGAUUGUAUGGCGAACUUCGUAUAAUUUCUUAUUUAUAUAGCAACUCAAAGAUUCAAAUAGAUUGCGCGAGACUUUGGAAGCGGAUAUGGAACAGUCAAAACUGCAGGUUUUUUGAUAUAUUUUACGAAAAUCUCUUUCCUUGCUCAAUAUAAUAGUUGUUAAUGUAUGAAAAGUUAUUCAAAAAUUAAAUAAACAAAAAAAACUUCUCAAAAUUUUUCAGGAAUGUGAAACAUGCACCACUCUCAAAGAAGAGUUGCAAGCAGUCAAAGAUCACAACGACGAGUUAUUAGAAACAACACAAGAAAAAAAUCGGUAAAUAAUUAUACAGUAUAUUAUAAUCAUUUACAUUCAUGCAAUCAUAUGCAAUCAAAAAUUAAAUACACUGUUACCUUAUUCGACAAACUAAAUAUCCCGUAUUUGCUUAAAACAUAAUGGCAGUCGUGAUCCAGUGAUCGAAACGUUCCGUUGUCUUUUCGUUGUUUUGAAAAUCCAAUUGUUCUCAGUGCCAUCGAGUCACUUGUUGUUUUUUUUUAACAUUUAUACAAAGGGUGUAUUCUAUAUAUAGCGUAUACUCAUAAUACAUGCGGAAAUCUUACUCGUUGCAGACGUAUUUCAUCGCUUGAAAAGACUUUGGUUGCAAACGACAAUGGGAAAACUGUAAGACAUUGCAGCCUUUUCUGGUUUGCUCGACCUUACUACAACGUUCAAAUAAAAAACUAUGUUCUCUUGGUUUCUACAUGCAGGGAAAUUCACCAUCAAAAACUCUGGAAAGGAAAUGUAAAUCAGCCAAGCAAAAGAUUUUUGAACUUCAAAAAGUUCUGGAAUUUAAAGUAAGACCAGUUGCACAUGCCUCAAGUUUUUGACAGUUUCAAAUAAUUCUGUUUCUUUUCUCGCAAGCAAAAUGAACUAGAUGCUGUAAACGGCGCUCAUUCCAACCGUCUACAACGCUACAAGAACCUCCAACAUGAGCAUAAAAUUGUUCUUGAACAAUUGAAGACUUUUGAAAAUGCUAGGUAAAUGAACAUUCUUUUUAAUUUGACCUAAGUUAAUGUGAUAUUAAUUGUAUUUCAUAUAUGAGAAGUUUAUUAUAGUGAUUUGAAACAUUACAAAAUUUGCUUUAUAACGAGAUGCUAGCAAGCUUUUUUUAGUGGACUUUGUGCAAUCUCGUUCCCCGAGCCUGCGAUCCAUAUCAACAGCCCAGAGCCUCACGUUCCUUCCCAAGGAUGACAGGCUCUGGGAACGAGGUUGGACUUUGUGGUGUUUUAAAAUCACCAUAAUAAACUGAUAAAUUAAUCGGUAUUUAUAGAGAAAUUAAACGUAAAAGUUGACUUAGUUUAUGGACUUUUUACCAUGAUAUCAUAAUCAUGAAUAUGAUACGAUUCUAAUUAUUUCGACAAUGUUCGGAGUACACGUAUAUUUUCAUACUAAUUUUUCCUCAGUGAAGACGAAGCGAAGAAUCACGUGGAAGAGCAAUGUAUUCCUCGAGCGUCGCCGCGAUCUUUACAGAACGAAGACAGUGACUCGGUCUGGAAUGAACUGCAACAUUUCAAGACUGAUUACGAGAAGCUACGCAAUGAACGGUUAGUAUGUUAUGAUGCUGUACGUUAUGAUGUUGUAUUUAUCGUGUGAUUUUUUAAAAUCUCUCAGAAUUGCACGGCAUAAUUAUUAACGGAGUCUUGAGUUAUUUUCCGUGGAGGUCUAGUCACAGUUCGGUGAAUGUCACAUACACAGUUUGCCAUUUUGAAAAUGGAGUUCUGCUAUUUGAAAAGGGAAUUCUGCUAUUUGAAAAGGGAGUUCUGCUAUUUGAGAAAGGAGUUCUGCUAUUUGAAAAGGGAAUUCUGCUAUUUGAAAAGGGAGUUCUGCUAUUUGAAAAGGGAGUUCUGCUAUUUGAAAAGGGAGUUCUGUCAUUUGAAAAGGGAGUUCUGUCAUUUGAAAAGGGAGUUCUGCUAUUUGAAAAGGGAGUUCUGCUAUUUGUAAAGAGAGUUCUGCUAUUUGAAAAGGGAGUUCUGCUAUUUGAAAAGGGAGUUCUGCUAUAAUUUGAAUAGUGAGCUCUGCUAUUUGAAAAGGGAGUUCUGCCAUUUGCUAUUUGAAAAGGAAGUUCUGUCAUUUGAAAAGGGAGUUCUGCUAUUUAAAAAGGGAGUUAUUGCGUUUCAUACACUAACCAUCGUGCAAACAUUUAUGCAUUUAAAUUUUUUCCAAAAGAAACUCAAUUUUCAACUUCAGAGAUGAUGUCAUGGAGGAGGUCGAUGUUCUGAGAGUCGAACAUGCUAAUGACGUCACUACCAUUCAAGAACUGCGCAUGUGCUUGGAAGAUGAGAAACGAGGUAUUGGUUGA